AUGCGCUUUGCAGUUACCUCAGCUGUCGCCGCAGCCCUCCUGCGACAGUCAUUCGCUGCUCCCUAUCCACUGUCGAACGCGACAGACAUCACAAAUGCCACCUUCAGCACGCCAUCCGGUGGCCCAUAUGUCUGUACCAGAAUCUAUCCCACCGACCUGACCGUUGUCAACUCUCGCUACCCUGACUACGAUGUCGAUCGCCUUCACCAAGCCAGGCGCUUCUUCAUGCUCCGUCGUCAGACCCUAGGCGAUGGCGAGAUUGCAACCCGAGUUCAAUUCCAGGGUCUGCCGUCAAAGGAGACGAACAAGACAUGCCGCCUCGAGCUCGUCUUACCCCGCGAAGAGCUUCAGAAGAUCUCAGGCAACAAUCCGAGCUUCAACGUGUACCAAGUCGACCGCGAGCCAGAUGCAAUUGCGACCUGGAACACCUACAAGGGUAACGAUGGAGCGGAUCUCUUUGGUCGAGUCAACGGAGAGCCGGACGCCUUGAUCAAGACAAGAAGCGUCGGCGGUGUAGCAGCCAUCAACGAAACGGCCUGCAACGAGACACUUACAUUUCAGAUGGGCAUGGCUUUCGAUGGGGCAGAACUACCGAACUAUUGGGAAUUUUCCAAUGUGGCACCUCCAGCUUGGCCAGUCCAAGGGUUCCGGAUUGUUUACGGCUGCUAA